AUGUCUCACUCGCCGCCUCCUGCCGAGAGAGCAGCUUCGCCUGAGGAUGAAGCUCCAGCGGAAAGCGAGGCUCCAUCUGUGAGCUCAACCGCCGACGCUCUUCCGCCAGUAGAAGAUGACAUUCCCUGGUCCUCAUCUUCGUCUUCGAGUGGGGGUAUCCCCGAGUUCAGCACCCGUGCCUGGCCCGUCGAACAGCCAUUGAGAAGCGAGAUGCAGAUAGUUCUUGAUCACCUCCACCAAUCGAUCCCAACCAUGCAGCCGGACCCGGAGCCCCAGUCAACCCCGGACUCGACCACCCAAGCCCGCCUGGAAGGCUCUCGCCGCGGGACCAUUGCGAUAAUCACCCGGUACCGUUUGGUCAUGGAGAGGGCCGAAUUCCUGCGCAUCACCCGCGUCUCCCGGAAUUCGCGUCGGUGGAUGGCUAGACACACCUUGAUGUUCGGCCUCACCUUCGCGAGGAACGUCCAACAGCGGCUUGCGCCUUUCAUACACCGGGUUACCGCACUGACUCGGUUGUAUUUCUGGCGUCUUGACCGACUGUGUGUGAAUGUCGCUGGACGGGUGCAGGCAGCCGAGUCCAACCAUGCCAUCGAUCUGGUUUUCACGCGCUUCUUCAAUGAAGCCCGUGACCUUGAUGCCGAUCGUCAAGGCGAGGUCUGUGGUGUCUUCUGGCGGGUUCGGGUGAGAUUGGCCUGGAUGCUCACAAACCUGUUGCCAUGGUGGCCGGAUGUGACCGAUGCUUUCUUCGCAUUGGCACGGGAUGGAGCGUACAUGGUCAGCAGGUACUAG